ACCGCGGCCAGCAGAAUGCUAUUAAAAUUCUAUCUAGCGGUGGGCAUCACUCUGGUGCUCGCCUUAGCCGCUUAUCUGUUCAUGUUCCUGGACAAACGGCGCAGUUUCUGGAAGGACCGUAACUUUCCUUGUACCGGACGGGCCCAGCUGGUUUAUGGCGACUACAAGAAUAGCAAUCAAACCGAGCACAUGCAGGACACUAACCAGCGACUGUAUCGAGAGUUCAAAGCCCGGAAGCUGUCGAUCGGUGGAACGAUUCUGUUCAUCAUUCGAUCAGCAAUCGUCGUCGAUCCAGACUUGAUCAAGACGAUUCUGGUGAAGGAUUUCAACUUUUUUCACGAUCGAGGAAUCUACAAUAAUGCGGAAGCGGAUCCCAUGUCAGGGCAUUUAUUUGCCUUGGAAGGGCAAGCAUGGCGCCAACUGAGGGCAAAGCUAUCGCCGACGUUCACUUCCGGUAAGAUGAAGAUGAUGUUUGGCACGAUCCUCAGGGUGGCGGACGACCUGAAGGAAUUCCUGCUGGAGAAUACCGCAAACGGAGCGGUGGAACAGGAAAUGAAGAACGUUUUGGCCGGGUUCACAACCGAUGUCAUCGGUUCGUGUGCCUUCGGAAUCGAGUGCAAUAGUUUGCGAGCCGCGCACUGCCAGUUCCGCGAAGUCUCCCGUAAGAUUUUUGAUCAAUCCGUGGGGCAGAUUCUGUGGAUGAUCGUACUGAUGACUUUCAAGGGUGUAGCUACCGCAUUGAAGCUCAAAGCUACACCAGCGGAAGUGGAACAGUUCUUCACGAAAAUGGUACGGGAAACGAUUGAGCAUAGGGAGAGGAAUCACGUCCAGCGGAAUGAUUUCAUGAAUCUGUUGAUUCAGAUGAAGAACAGCGAGAACCUGGAGGAGAGGCUGACGCUGAAUGAGAUUACGGCACAAUCGUUUAUCUUUUUUCUUGGUGGAUUCGAGACCUCGUCGACAACUAUGGUUAAUUGUUUAUUCGAGCUGGCAAUGAAUCCGGAUAUUCAGGAAAAGCUGCGGGGUGAAAUUUCUAAAGCUUGUGGAGAUGGCCCAUUGACGUACGAGUCGGUGUCUUCAGUUGAGUAUUUGAACAUGGUGAUCGAUGAAACCCUUCGCAAGUACCCACCGGUGGAUGCGCUGCUGCGUACCGCGUCCAAAAACUAUCAAAUCUCUGACUCGGAUCUGAAGAUUCCCGAAGGAACACUGGUGUUCAUCCCCACCUUCGCUAUUCACCACGAUCCGGAGUACUACCCGGAACCGGAGCGUUUCGAUCCGGAGCGCUUCAAUGCCGAAAACCGCACCAGUCGGCACCCGUUCGUAUUUUUACCGUUCGGUGAAGGUCCACGUAACUGUAUUGGAAUGAGAUUUGGGCUGAUGCAAACACGAGUGGGACUGAUAACGGUGCUGCGGCAGUUUCGAGUGAGACCCAGCGAUAAUACGCCGUCUCGUUUGGUGGUGGAUCCAAAGUCGGGCAUUCCGGCACCGCUGGGCGGGGUGCCACUGCUGAUAGAGAGGAUUUAGGGCAGUGGAAUUUGUGCUGUCUUCAUAUAUGAGUAUUGAUAACCAGGAUUACGAGAUAGUGAAUAAACUCAAAUUUUAAUCUACGGAGGUUC